AUGGCGAAGGUGGUCAAGCGCCGCGGCCCGAAACGACGGCCAGCAGCUCCGGUGACACCGGCACCCUCUGAGGCACCUGCCGUUCCGUCGCCGGCCGCUGUUCCUUCAGCGACGACAGCGGUGGCGCUGCGGAAGAAACGCAAAGGCCGAGGCAGUCCUCCAUCCCAAUCCUCCGUGCCAACUGGCGCACCGGCCCCAGUGCCGCCGGCAACUGCAGCUGCACCAGCGGCUGCACUGGCUGCGGAGGAGUUGGCCGCAGCCCGAGCGUUGGUGGCGGAAUUGACGAUUCGAGGGCGAGAAGCCUGUGAGGCGAAGCUUCGCUCCCUUGCGGAUGCCGACACCGACGCCACAGCGCAGGGUCCGGCGCUGGCGCAUUGCGCCGAGCGUGGCCUGGAGGUCUGUGUUCAGCUCCUGUUGCAAAUGCGGGCGGCCCCCGACUCCUGCGGCCUGCGGAAAGUGGCCAGCAGCCAGGUGGUGUUGGGCAAGCGCACUGCACUGCAGCUGGCGGCCGAGAACGGGCAUGUGGCUGUGUGUCGUCUCUUGCUGGAAGCUGGAGGCAAUAGUCCGGUGGCCAAGGAAGUGGUGAAACGCAGCCUGCGAAGCUAUGGACGGCUCUAUGAGAGUCUGGGCCCGAGCAAAAAGGGGCAGGAGAUGGGAAAUCCAAAGGGGUUCCCUGUUUGGAAGUGA